CUUUUGAUCCUUUGAUCAAUCGUAAACUAAUAUCACAAACUCCUCCACGACCAAUUCGGCUUUUGUCAACGCAAGAAUCCAUUGAUGAAAUGCUGAAUAUGUUUAAAAGCCUUAACUCGAUAUGCGAAAUAAUUGAUUACAAGUCGGCAACUAGUUUAACGAAAUUUUUGACGUACUAUGCCGCGCAGCAGCCACCACCUUGCGCCUUUUCUAGGUCAUUAUUACAGUCUACUGUUUGCACCGAUAAUCGAAUUCUUGGCAAAAUAUCGAUAUACCAAUUAGUGAAAGAUUCUGUAACAGAAUUGACAAAUCCACCAUAUAUUUUUUUCGCAUCCAAAAAUGAAAUGGAAUUAAUGUCUAACGGUGCACGAGUUGAUGAAACGAAAUAUAAAAUAUCAAAGUUAACACAUACAUUUGUUGAUAGCGCUAUGAAA